AUGGAUUCAGUUUCGGUGUUAAACCCUAAACUAUCCCACUCCAAUUUCUCUCUCCCAUCCAACAAAUUCCCCCGUACUUUCAACUUCCACCCUUUACUCAAACCCCGCGCUCUUAACGCCGCUCCCCCUAACUCCCUAGCCGCCUCCUUCCUCUCCCUCCACCGCCGGAAACCGUUAACGGUCGCUUUCACCGCUUCUCACCAAGACUCGGAACACGGGGAGGUUGAAGUGGAGAAUGAGCGUGGUGUCCAUGCGGGCUCUGAGGAGUCGCAGGAGGCGUGGAAGCAGGCGCUGGACACUUUCAGGGAGCAGGCGCAGAAGUUUCAGGGUGUUUCUCAGGAUGCUUAUGAGUUGUACUCGAAGAAGGCCGGCGUCAUUCUGAAGGACACCACGGAGCAGCUGAAGGUGCUGGCGGAUAAGACCAAGCACGAACUGAGUGUCGCCGCGAAGGAGAUCACCGACGAAGGGAAGGAGUAUUUGUCUGCGGCGGCCGAGAGUUCCCAGGAGGUGAAGGACAUUAUGGAGACGUUCACCACGCCGUCUGAUGAUAUCCAGAAGUUGUCGGGACUGAGGGACUUCUAUGUUGGCGUGCCAUAUGGUUUGGUGCUUUCUCUCGGUGGCUUCCUUUCCUUUAUGGUAACAGGCAAUGUUGCUGCCAUAAGGUUUGGGGUGAUUUUAGGUGGUGCCCUCCUGGCUUUAAGCAUCUUAAGUCUGAGAUCAUAUAAAAGAGGACUUUCCUCACCUAUUGCUUUGAAGGGCCAAGCUGCUAUAGCAAGUAUAUUGUUUCUGCGGGAGAUAAGCUCAAUAGGCAAAGGAUCAUCUUAUUUCGCUGCCUUGAUCAGUGGUGCAGUAGCGGCAUUUUAUGUCUACAGAAUAGUACUGCAACGUAAUCAACAAAAGGGCCCGAACUUGGAAACUGAACCAGGAAAUUAG